ACUUUUACAACGCUGCCAAAAUUUAAAUUUAAUUUUCAAUAGUGGCAUUUUACGUUUGUUUGCUUCAACCAAAUUGAAACUAAUAUCUGAAAUUAAAAUGCGUCUGCCUAGUUUCCAAGGACAGGAUGUGCGAGAUCGCUCCACGCGUCUCAAUCAGGAGCUUCUGUCUUCGUUGGAGAAGGUCAAGUUGUCUCAGGACAAGACCGGUUGGUAUCGUGGAUUAUCCCAGAUUCAAAUGAAGGCGGCCCAAUCGGUGUCCGAAUGUCUGAGGGACGAUAUAGACCAAAAUACGGCCUCGAGUGUCACCAAGGUAUUGAAACGAAUGGGAUUCAACCCAAUACCCGCAUGGGAUACACUGCGCCUACUAAUACAACUCAGUCAGGGCAAUGACCUCGCCUUUCUCUGGUUCCUCAUGGAAUUGUGCUACAAGUCACCCAAUCACGGCAGUUCAUACAAUAUAAAUGAGCAGAUCAUAAUGUCGUCCAUCUUCUGGCUGGACCUUAAUCCAACUCUCAAAGAGCUUGAUCGUUGGUUACCAUUGCCGCAUGCCUCUCAGGCGGAUCGGGACAAAGCCGAGGCCAUCAGACAACGAAGACUAAGGAUAAAAAGGGAAAGGAAGGAGGAGCGCCAGAGGGAGCUUGCUAAAAGGGCCAAGCAUCAGGGACCCUUGGCUAUGUACUUUCAAGAACAAGAACCCAAUCUGGGCAACAGGAUGAGGAAUUCUUCAAGCCUGCUUUCCGGUCAUCCGAGUCGUCCAGCCUUUCUCUUCCAACUGAAGGACUCCAAGCCGAUCCCUUCCUCUUCCAUGCAUUCUCGAUGGUUUGGCAGCUAUACCUUGAGCACGGCCAAACGGGUAGUCAGGUCCAUUGUCACCGAGGAGAUCAACAGCAUCUUCAAGUCAUUCGAGGCCGCUUCACUGCCUCCCGCCGAUGUAGAGUCCUUGUGUACCCAUCAUCAGAAAAUCCGGGAGAUGGAAAAAUCCCUAAAAAUUAAACUUGAUCUGCUAAAGAAGAAAAGGUGCGAAGAGCUUCUCAUGUCCAAGAAUGGUGCGGAGCAGCGGAGGCGAAAACUAGUUAUUCAGGAGCUGGAGGAGAUGAGUGCCGCCUACUUAAAGCGUUUCCGAGAUUUGGCAGCCAGAUCACGACUGGCUACUACUCGAAAGCACCUCUUUGCCGGCGGCAAUUAUUUUCCAAAAGGAUACCCAUUUCUUAUCCCGGAAACCUACAAAUGUGAUCAAAUGAGGGACGAGAAGUGUAUGGGAGAGGUUGAAACGGACCCAAUAACUCUUCCACUUAGAAGGAGAAGUAGGAGGCGUUCCAGCAACAGAAACCGGUCCAAAGGUGGAGCAGAACGAAAGGUCAGAUCCAGAUCUAGAUCCAGAUCCAGAUCAAACAGCAGCUCCAAAUCCAAGUCGAGAUCCAAAUCGAUAUCCAGGUCUAGUUCCAAAUCCAGAGGACAUUCACGUAAAACGAUACCACCUCCUAAAUUAAAAUCAGAUUUCAGGGACAUAAUGGUCAAGUUGCUGAAGGGUGACAGACCCGUUGUACCAAAUUGUCCAGAUUUCCAGCUCGAGCCUCCAGAGUGCGCCAAGUGUCACACUUACGAUCCCGAUUUUGAUGCCCUAGAAUCCAAAUCCAGGACUAUGAAAGAUCGUCGUCCCAGCAGUUUAAUGCAGUUCCUGCAUUUGUGCGGCAGUGUCGAGGAUGUGGGGAGAGAUCAUGGUUCCAACUGGAAUCAAGAUCCCUCCUUACAUCCUGGUCACGAUCGCAAGCUUGUAGAGCUGGGGCCUCCGGGCAGCAAUACGGUGAAGUUCAACUACCGUGACUUGUUUGGCUCGCUGUAUAGGACUCGCUCCGAUGAGGAGCGAAUGAGGCUAAAAGAGGCCUUUGUGAAGGCCAUCGACGAUGAUGUCCAGUACCUAAGUGCCGCCUUGAGUGGCGAGGAGAUGGAGGGUUCCAUAGACACACUGGUGGAUAAGGCUGCAAAAAGGGUCUUUGCGGAGGAUGUAAAGACCUUCCACAAGGAGCUUAAAAAGAUGCAGCAAAGAAAGGCGGCUGAGAAAGCCGCUCGAGGCAGUCACCGCUUGCACUUUGGCCAGGAGUUCUAUGAUUCCGACAACCUUCCCUUGAUGAAGGAGAUGCUGCGCUUGGGUCUGCGGCAAGUGGCCAAGGACAAGCGAUAUGUCUUGCCCACUCUACCCAAUGUCCAUGCGGCGCCGUAUCUCAUCGAGUGGAUCUGUCAACGAUAUGGAAAACGUUACUCGCGAAGAGAACGCUAUGAGAGCUUCCGUGAGAGCAAGGUAAUAAUAGACAAAAUGAUGGCUUUGAUGCGGGGAACCUAGCUCGAGUCCCACGAAUCGAUGCCGAUGCCAGCCUCCGAAAUCCUGAGAAGUUUCAGAACGCGGUCCAGUGCCUAAGGAAGCGGCAGACAAAGCGCUUUGCAGAUUCAUUAAUGGAGGUGUGCCGUGUCUUCUACUUGGCUAUGAGGCCGCAGAUGUGUACCCCGGGGAUGAGGGCCACCUUUUACACCUACAUGCCUGCCCACUACAAUGAUAUGGGCUUCUCCGCUCAGCCUGUACACCUGACCACUUCUCGUUAACCAACUGGCAUUCCUCAACAUAAACCACG